AUGUUGAGAGAAGUGAAAGCCAAGAACCCGCGCACUGCGCGUAUCCUGAAAGCCCGGGAGCCGCAACUCAUCGAACCCCCCAAGAAGACCCUGAUUUUCCACGGCGCAAAAUGCCCCCAACCGCUGGACACCGUGCUGAAGACCUUCCACGCUUUGACGAAGCCUUACAACGUUCUUUUCCACAAGAAGAACGAGAACUUGCACCCAUAUGAGAACUCGGAGAGCCUGGAAUUCUUGGCGAACAAGAACGAGUGUGGACUCGUAGCAUUCGGAAGCCACAACAAGAAGCGACCCAACUGUGUUACAUUGGCUCGGGUUUACAACUCAGAGUUACUCGAUCUCGUCGAGCUAAUGCUGCUCCCCCCGAGAGAUGGUGAGACCAUCCCGCCUUUCAAAGAGCUUGUCAUGGACGUCGGUCUCGGCCUGCGACCUAUGAUGCUGUUCUCUGGUAGCCCCUGGGACGAUCCUACAUCAACUGCGCACAUCAUCCUCAAGAGCACUCUUCUCGACAUGUUCAAGGGCGAAGAGACGAACCAGGUUGACGUCGAAGGUCUGCAGUACGUGAUGAUGGUCGGUGCAGAGGAGCCCCAAGAUGGCCUCUCGCCGAUCAUCCACAUGCGCUGGUACAGAGUUGUUACCAAGCGCAGUGGUCACAAGCUUCCCCGCGUGGAGUUGCAGGAGGUCGGUCCCAAGUUCGACUUCAAGGUCGGUCGCACACGCCAGGCUGCUCCUGAGGUGCAGAAGGAGUCCAUGAAGCAGGGCAAGCGUCCCAACGAGGAAGCCCGAACCAAGAAGAACAUCACAAUGGACUCCAUGGGUGAUAAGAUUGGUCGUGUUCACCUCGGCAAGCAGGAUCUGUCUGACCUGCAGACCCGUAAGAUGAAGGGUCUCAAGCGUCGGGCGGGUAUGGAAUCGUCGGACGAGGAGGAGGAGCCAUCUGCGGAUAUGAUGGAGGUGGAUGAGGUCUCUUCUGAUGAGGAGAUGGAGAGCUACAAGAAGGCACGGAAAAAUUAA